CAAAAAAUCAGAGAGAAAUUUAUUUGAAAGGAUUGAGGAUCCUGCAUUCUACCUCCCUCAGUAGGUGAAAUACCAGUCCCUGGGAGGAUAAAACCAAAAUGUCUAUUGGCGCAGAUGCCAAGGCCACAGUGGGAGACAUUUCCAAAGACAACAAUUUAAACACAGCUCAGCAGCAAUUCUCCAGGAGAGGCUUUUGUUCAUUCCGCCAUGGGAUGGCUUUCAUCUUGCAGCUUUGUAAUUUUUCGAUUUAUGCCCAACAAAUGAACUUGAGCAUUACCAUCUCAGCUAUGGUGAACAACACAAACUCACCCUUCCAGCCUAAUGCCUCCAUAGAAGGGCCCGCCCCUGACUCCCAGCACUACUGGAAUGAAACUUCAAAGGAAUUUAAGGCAGUGGCCCCUGUGUAUGACUGGAGUCCUGAAAUUCAGGGAAUCAUCCUCAGCUCCCUCAACUAUGGCUCAUGGUUGGCUCCAAUCCCCAGUGGCUACGUGGCUGGAAUAUUUGGAGCCAAGUACGUGGUUGGUGCUGGCUUGUUUAUUUCCUCAGUCCUGACCCUCUUCAUUCCACUGGCAGCAGAUGCUGGAGUAACCUUGCUUGUUGUCCUUCGGGUUGUCCAAGGUAUAGCCCAGGUUAUGGUAUUAACAGGUCAGUAUUCAAUUUGGGUCAAAUGGGCUCCCCCACUGGAACGGAGUCAACUCACCUCCAUUGCUGCUUCAGGGUCAAUGCUUGGGUCUUUCAUCACUCUCCUUGUUGGUGGUCUCCUCUGCCAGACCAUAGGAUGGCCUUAUGUCUUCUAUAUCUUUGGUGGAAUUGGUUGUGCCUGUUGUCUUCUCUGGUUUCUUUUCAUUUAUGAUGACCCUAUGGAUCAUCCCUUUAUUAGCACUGGUGAGAAGACAUACAUCAUGUGUUCACUGGCUCAACAGGAUUGUUUGCCAGGCUGGUCUCUUCCAAUUAAGGCUAUGAUCAAAUCUUUACCACUUUGGGCCAUUUUAGUCUCUUAUUUCUGUGAAUACUGGCUUUUUUAUACCUUGAUGGCAUACACACCAACAUACAUCAGCUCUGUACUUGAAGUCAACCUCACAGAUAGUGGGAUUUUGUCAGCCCUGCCGUUUGCUGUUAGCUGUAUCUGCAUUAUCCUUGGAGGUCUAUUGGCUGACUUUCUCCUCUCCAAAAAAAUCCUCAGACUCAUCAUCAUCAGGAAACUCUUCACUGCCAUUGGGGUUCUCUUCCCAUCCAUAAUCCUCGUGUCCCUGACCUGGGUCAGAUCCAGCCACAUCGUGACCAUGACCUUCUUGGUACUGUCCUCUGCCGCCAGCAGCCUCUUGGAACUAGGAGUCCUUGUAAAUUUCUUGGAUAUUGCUCCUAGGUACACUGGCUUUCUCAAGGGGUUAUCGCAAGUCUUUGCACACAUAGCUGGAGCCAUCUCUCCCACUGUUGCUGGAUUUUUCAUCGGUCAGGACUCUGAGUUUGGUUGGAGAAAUGUCUUCUUGCUUUCAGCUGCUAUUAACAUACCAGGCCUGGCCUUCUACCUCAUCUUUGGCUGUGCAGAUGUGCAGGACUGGGCUAAAGAGCAGAUGUUAACCCACCUCUGAGCAAACCAAGAGAUGUGUUCCAACCCGAUGCUUACUUCAUCAUAUUCCCUCAUAGACAUUCCUUUUUUGUGCCCACUUGACUGAUCAGUCAUUUCAUUGGAACUGACUUUGUUUCCUUUGUCUUCUUAGAGACCUUGGCUAUAUAAUACUAAAGAUUUUACCAUGCCUGAAGAUUUUAUUGGGGGGUGGAGAAAAUGACAGUUAUUUGUGAGCUCCUGACAGCACAGGUGUCUUGGGAUUUCUAGGUGUUCUCCUCUCUUUCUACUAUUACCCUGGUAAAAGCAUCAGGGUCUGAGGGACAAUUUCUCACCAAAGCAAGAAAGGAAGCCAGAACCACAGGACUGAGAACUGAGAAUCACAAGGGAGUUGUGCCCAAACACACAGAAGAUGGACCCUAUGAGCUGCUAUCAAAAAAAAGUCUGAAACAACAGAAAGAUUAGUAUAUACAAUCCAAAGUCCUGGGCCAGGAGGCCAAAGCAGGUAAAGUUGCUCUCACUUCAGGUGAGGAAGGAUACAAUGCCAUUCUGAUGCCUGGUGUGGACAGAAUGCCUAGGAGAAAAAUGCCAAGAAGGACAAUAGGAGUGAAUACAUCAUGACAAGAGGAAUGAACGUGUCUAUAACUAAUUGCGGUGACAUAGUAUUACUGGAAUUUCGUUCUUCAGUAGGUCCUUGGUCUUGGGGAUUCGAAGAAUGAACACAUGGAUCACAGAUCAGUAGUAAUAUAAGAUUAGAUAGAAAGGAAUACAGAAGGAGUAUAAAAGCACCAGAGCUUCUGGCAGAGGGAAAGACCCAAGUAGGAAGUCUCUGUGUGGGUCUUUGGUCUAGGGGUAUAAGGUCUUGAGAAUUACAUUUGGUCAGGAUGUGGUAGAUGGAAGACACCUUUUCAAUGUUAGUGAGCAUAUUAACAAAUGAAUGAAUGUAGACCUUCCAGCAUGUGGGGGUAAUGGCAAGGGGUUCCCUUUCAUGAAAUUGCCCAGGCCUAGGAAACUGGAGUCCCCUGUCCAGCCUUGAGUGGGGGAACCCUGUAUCAAUUCUCCCUCUAAGUAAAAACUCUAACUGCUGUUAGAGAGGGAAAUGGGCGUCAGCUUGGUCUAACUGCUUCCUGCUGUAUCAGGCUGCUCAUGGAAAGGGGCAAUUAGGAUUUUUUCAGAGGGAGGAGAUCAGGAACUGUUUCCGGCCUGAUGUCAUCUCUGAAAGACUUAAAUCUGAUUAGCACAUUAAAAGGCAAGGGUAGAACAGUGAGAGGAAGGGGUUAAUUACAGUACCAGGUUGGAAAUAAAGUCAGCAACUUCGAAAGAAAACUCUAUUAACACUUUCCUGGUUUCUGAGUAAUAACUUCAGAUUUUCUUUAGGCUCACAAGUGUAGGUGGGCUGUGGCUGACUCUCUUUAUGAUCCAUUUCUAUAGAAGAUGGUGGGUUCCAGGAUUUUACUUGUGAAUGAUGCAUCCAUGAAUCUAGUCUCAUAACUUUAACAGCUGUAGAAGAUAAGAUUACAGGAAAGGAACCCUCCCAACUUGGGGUCAGGAAAGGUGAGUUGGAGGGAAGAGUUUUGAUCAUAACUAGAUCUCCAGGAGAGAAAAGCUCUUUUAAUGUUGAAUAUGAAAAUGUAGUUGGGAGGUUUUUAAGGAUUUGUUGAAAUUUAGCCAAAGAAGUAAUAUGUUUUACUAAUUCUGUAGUUUCUUAAUCUACUAAUAAAUUGUAAGUUAAAAGGGUCUUCUGUGUAAUAACUCAAACAGGCUACAACUGAGUUUCUGAGGUAAAUUUCUUAUUCUAAAGAGAACAAUGGAAAGUAAUUAAGUCCAAGAGAGAUGAGUCUCUUUGAGUUAGCUUUUGUAACUGUCCUUUGAUUUUAUCAUUCACUUUUUCUACUUUCCCAGAAGAUUGGGGCCUCCAAGAGCAGUGUAGAUGAUAUUUUAUGCCCAGAGCUUUAGAUAUUCCCUAUGUAACAGCUAUUUUGAAGGGAGGCCCAUUAUCACUUUGCAAACUGAGAGAGUGUCCAAACUUGGGGAUAAUCUCGUGUACUAAAAGCCUUGUACAACUUCCUAGGCCUUUUCUGUCCUUCAGGGGAACAUGUCAACACAAUUAGUGAAAGUAUUCACAAAUACCAGCAAAUAUUGUAUUCCAUGUACCUUAGGGAUAUAAGUAAAAUCUAUUUGCCAAUCUUCA